UUUGACAACUAUGUGUAAUUUAGUAAACAAUUCCGAUGUUGUUUGAUCGAUGAAGAAGAAAUUUGUAAAGUUUGUCAUUCAACCUUCAAACGAGAAAAAAUAAUUUUAUUUUUUCAUUGCAAUUAAAAAGAAGUAUUUAUCUUUUCAUUAUGUCGCAAGAAGUCGAGGAAACUUUAAAGCGCAUACAAUCUCAUAAAGGCGUUGUCGGGACUAUCGUGGUCAACAAUGAAGGCAUUCCAGUUAAAUCUACCCUAGAUAAUACCACCACAGUUCAAUAUGCUGGUCUAAUGAGUCAAUUGGCCGAUAAAGCACGCAGUGUGGUACGAGAUUUAGAUCCAUCUAACGAUUUGACAUUUUUACGAGUACGCUCGAAGAAACAUGAGAUUAUGGUGGCACCUGACAGAGAUUUUAUUUUGAUUGUUAUACAAAACCCAACCGACUAAUUUCUCUUAGAUCAUCCUCUUAUUGUUUUUUGAUAUAUAUUUUAAUUCUACUAGUCGGUGAGAUUUAAAAGAACAAUUCAACCACUUCAAAACUUUAAAAUAAAUUAUGUUUUAUCUCGCUUUAUGAUUCCUCCCUAAAGAGAAGAGAAUUAAAUUAGAAAUCGAACCAUGUAAUUGGAAAAUCAUUAAUAAUGACUUAAAAUUAGAAAAAUUGUCUUAUUUUGGAAUUUUUACUUUGUCACGUUUUCUAUAUGUGUGUAGCGUCGC